AAAGGUUAAAAGUUACUGCUUAUCCGAAGAUAUAAAGAACAAGUUUGGUAUAUUCCGGACAAAAUGCUGUGUUCGAUGAAGCCAUUACUUACGUUAGUUUUCGUUUUGAUCUCCCUGGAUUCGCUAUCAGCGGCCCAAAAGAAGGCGCCCAAGCACAUUCAGGCAGCAUGGGAACGAGUAACCUUCCCGUUUAAAAAGGAAUGCGUUACCGAAACAGGGAUAGCACAAGGUCUGGCGGACAGGCUAUUUUUGCACAGCGAAUACCCCGAGCACGACCCCUUAAAAUGCUAUAUUAAAUGUGUUUCGGGACGGAUGGGAAUUUUGGACGUUUCGAAAGGGGAAUGGAUUCUCGAUGAGUUUCUACGGCAGGUCGCCGGUCUGACACCCUCAAUUUAUGCCGCUUGCAAGGAGGAAACGAAGGCUGCACCGAAUGUAUGCGAGAUAUCUUACGGCAUGUAUAAGUGCGUAGUUGGGCACGUAAGCGAAGAUUAAUGAGGAACUUUUUUUAAUACAUUUUUGACUUAUUAAACAUUUAAUUUAGUAGA